AUGAGGUUUGUCCAAUAUAUUCCGACUGGAAUUCCAAACGAAGAUGGUGAGUUCCCGGGAAGGAACUAUACAGUUGGAAAAGUCAUACAACAACUGUAUGAUAUUAGGAAAGCUUCAAACCCCAAACUUGCAAUGACACUCAAAUUGCUUAUGAAUUCGACAUGGGGAUAUUCCAUUAAGAAA